AUGGAAUUUGCUGUCGCCGCGAGAUCGGAAUUCGAAGCAUUCGAGAGAAGCGAGGAGAGAACGAGGCCCGGAGGGAGGAGCGACAAACCCGUCGCGGUGCGUCGCUGCCAAACGGCCGAUUGGAAUGUCAGCGAUCGCUUUCUUUGCCCUCCAAUUUGGAGGGAAGAAAAAGCGACAAGAGUUCGAAAAGAAGCCAGCGACAAGACGGGAGGGGUGAUUGCGACAAGAAAUGAGAUUUGCGACGGCCGAAAGGAAUUUCGAAUCAAUUGGGCCGUCGCCAAUGGGAUCCCCGUUCCCACGAUGUCGCAUUCCAAGCAAGAUUGGCCAAAACAAUCGAAAGGGAGCGAUGGGAAAAGAUGA